CAGCACUAGAAAAUAACUCCGCUGUAGGAGAUACAAAUAAAUAAAUAAUAAUAAAAAAAAAAACACCUGCAGAUUGAAAGUUGCUUAAAUCUCUGAUUAACUCUAACCAAAAUUCCUAGUAUUUAUCAAGCUCCUCUACUAGAAGACAUAUUAGAAAACACGUCUGUUUUACUUUUGCGAUGGACAGUGUUUGUGAGAGAGAUAGGCAGGUGAAGAUCGUUUUGAGUGAUAGCUGCAGUCGCGGAGAGGAAAAGCGGAGCUGAGCGACUCUUUUCGCGAGCCACCGCACGCACGCUCGCGCUCAUCCUCAUUCUCUCAACCGCGCGCGCACAGACGCUCGUCCGCUUGACCGGUGCAGAAGUCUUUGUUAUAAUUUAUCCACUUCUAUAAUCCGUGCUUUAACCCACAAUGGAAGAGAACAUGGAAGAGGGACAGACACAGAAAGGGUGCUCUGAAUGCUGCCACAAAUGCCUUAGUGGGAUCCCCUAUGCCUCUCUGAUUGCUACCAUCCUGCUGUAUGCUGGGGUGGCGCUGUUCUGCGGCUGUGGUCAUGAGGCUCUCUCUGGUACCGUCACCAUCUUGCAGACCUACUUUGAUGUCUCCCGGUCGCCUGUUGAUGCCCUGGAUGCCUUUAUUAUGAUUGACGUCAUUAAAUAUGUGAUCUAUGGAGUGGCAGCAGCCUUCUUUGUCUAUGGUAUUCUGCUGAUGGUGGAGGGCUUUUUCACCACUGGGGCCAUCCGGGAUCUCUAUGGGGACUUUAAGAUCACCACCUGUGGACGUUGUGUUAGUGCUUGGUUCAUCAUGCUUACAUAUAUCUUCACGUUGGCUUGGCUGGGGGUUACUGCCUUCACCUCCCUGCCGGUCUUCAUGUAUUUUAACAUCUGGAACACCUGUCAGAACACUUCACUGGUGAAUAGUUCCAGCCUGUGCUUCGAUCUCCGCCAGUUUGGAAUUGUGUCCAUUGGUCAGGAGAAAAGACUGUGCACUGCUUCUGAUAACUUUGUCAAGAUGUGUGAAUCUAAUGAGCUGGACCUGACAUUCCACUUGUUUGUCUGCGCACUUGCGGGGGCUGGAGCAGCUGUUAUCGCCAUGGUGCACUACCUGAUGGUGCUGUCGGCUAACUGGGCUUACAUGAAGGAUGCCUGUCGGAUGCAGAAAUACGAGGACAUCAAGUCUAAGGAGGAGCAGGAGCUUCAUGAUAUCCACUCUACUCGCUCUAAAGAGCGCCUGAAUGCAUACACAUAAAGCAUGCAGUCAUGCACACACACAUACACAUAGAAAUAUGUAUACACAUGCACACAUACACACACACACAAGCAUGCCCUUCCCCUCCCUGAAGACACACGUAUAAACUAAACUGAACUAAGUCUAAUUUCUAUGGUUACCAGGAGUAAAAUAUAGUUGGGUGGUUGGGAUGGGAUGGGGAAUUAAAUACAUUUAUCACUUACUACGUACGGGUGUGUCCCAGAAUGUUGGUCAGGGGGUGCACUUAUUGUCUCAUUGGCAACGUCUCUGACUACCCAUACAUUUCCAGGGUUUAGAUUUAGUUUUAUCGUCCUUGUUCCAGUGUCUGAUUUCAUUGCUCCUUUACCUUCCGUUUUUGUGUCUGAGACAGGACAUCUUGUUAACACACAAAGUUGAGUGACUUCUCUUUUGUACCACAUACUUUUAAGUCUUAUUGGGUAUUGAUCUUGUAAGGGUUUUGGGGGUUUAGCCAAAGGGAUUCCAGCACACUUUUCACAUUUUUGUAUUACACAACAAAGAAUUAAAUUUUUCAAGCUCACCCUAAAUGGCAAGUCAUGAUUUAUAUUCACAGAUUUUUCUUUUCUUUUCAUUUUCAAAACCAAAAUGUGACCAAACUUGUAAAUUAUGAUUUACAGGUUAAUCGCUCAGGCUGCCACAUUUAGAGCAGCAACAGCACAAACAUGUACAGAUUAUUUUCCAACUAAUUCAGUUUUGGAGUGCCAGGGAUUUUCAAAAGUACCUUAAAGUGACUUUUACUGCUAUACUGUAGCUUGGCCUAAAUGUAUAUGCUAGCUGUGCUCAGUAUUAAUGGAAGUUGUGACACCUGUGCUUAGUAACCAUUUGUUAAGCUUUGACAGAAAUGGCUGCUGAAUUUUAGAAAGAAAGAAAGGUCCGUAGAAGAUUGUCUUAAAUUGACUGGACUGGUCAUAUAGGAUUUGCCUUGGAAGACUCUGUGGAUAUUUGGUUUCUCUCAUCCAUUGCAAGCCAUACUCUCUCAUGCAAAUAACAUUUUCAUGUGUUUUAUUGGUUAGUUCUAGCUUUAACUUUUUAAAUGCAAGAAAGCAAACAAAACAAGUUCCUUUUAUCAUUUCUCUGAACUGUAGAUAUCUCUCUCUAUAAAUGUAUACACAUGUCUGUUUCGAAAACACAUCUCAGCAGUCAGUGUUAGGUGAUAUUUGGUGAUUAGGGGAGCGUUGUUCAUAUCGGAGAAAUCUAAAUCUAAAUGGAAAAUGUUGAUUGCAACGACUCCGCCAAACACUGAGGAAGGUUGAAUAUCACAUUUGUUGGCAACUUCAUAUGUUAAAAAAAAAAGAACAUGAAAGAAUGUGUGGCCAUGCAGUAUAUUCUUCUUUAUGGACCAAACUCAGCAUUUUGGCUCUGUCUUGCCUAUUUCAGUUGCCCUAGUUUUGCAGUAAAGUGUCUCAUAAUUUGUUUUCUGGCAAUAGUGCUUUUGUCUAUGUAUCGAGAGAGAGAAAAAAAAAAAACAA